AUGCCCGCAACUGAUAAGCGACGCGACGCGAGGCUUCAGCGUUGAAUAAUAAACGGCUGUGGUUGUGCUCUGAUAUCACCGGAACGAGCGCCUUCGUCGCGUCGCUCAGUUUAGAGUCGCUCAGAGUCGAGAGCGACGUAUUUUUAGUACGUUCUAAAACGGUAGCGCUGCUGAGAUUCGGCAAAUUUUCGCACAGUGAAUUUAACGACUCUCGACAAGACAAGCCGCGACGAAAGCCAGUCGUCGCUGCGACGGAGAUCGGCCUUACGAAGUGUGCACUGCGAUUUUUGGUUCGGAAAAUCGCGACUCCUAGAGUCGAAGCCAGUUUCCUGCGACUUUCCCGCUCGGUUUUCAAUUCAAACAGAAAAGUCGUCGAAAGACGAUGUCAGAGGAGUGAGAGCGAUUUCGCGCUACGACCGUUGGCACGUCGGGUGUGCUCACUGGCGAAUAAUUCGCGAAUUAGAUUAAAUUAGAAAAUUGGAAACGAUAGCUCUCUCGUUACUGUGAACUCCUCCGCAGAUUUAAUUGCGACGCGCGCUCAAUGAAUUCGGUUUUCACGUGUCAGCGCGUCGCGGCGCGGGAAGAACGUUCUUUUAUGCGACAGAGAGUGCCGGCAUCGUGUCUCAACUGUGUUUGAAUUGGGAUCAUUGCGUCAAUUAUAUUUCCGCUCGCGGCGCGUUGUGUUACAAAAACAAAUGCUCGGGACGCGACCGAUGAUCGGCGAGGUACAAGUGUAGAGCGCGUCAUUCGCAGGAAAUCCCCGUGCUCUGCGAAUAAUCUUCCGCGGUGAGGACUGACGUAUCUCACACAAAAGCAAUUCAAACGUAACGUUAGCAACGUCUGCAACGCGGACGAUGAAGCUAUGAAUAAGACGAUUAAGACACACACGCGGCGGAACGCGCUGCAGAGCAACGCGACUUGAAUUAAUGAUGACGAGGUACAAACCGGCCGAAUUCGAGGAUGAGGAGAGCAGCAGCAUCGGCUCGGUUACCUUAAAUAGCGAAGGUAUCAGCACAUCCGCCACGCAUAUAAGAUAUCACUCGGCUCCCACGCUAUGGAAAGCGAGGAGUACUUUAGAGAGAUGUCUUUUAAUAAUUUGCACUACUUUGCUAUUAAUAGUCUUCAUACUAAUCAGCGUGAUCAGCCACAAGCCUCGCUGGGACGAGGCGCAGAUUCUCCACGUCACCUCUCACGGAGAAGACGGCACACAUUGCCUCACGGAGCACUGCGUGACGGUGGCAGCGUCCAUAAUCAAUAGAAUAGAUUACUCCGUUGACCCUUGCGACGACUUCUACGAGUACGCGUGCGGCGGUUGGCGCAAGAAAAAUCCCAUCCCGGACGGCAAGAGCGUUUGGGGCACGUUCGGCAAGCUGGAGCAGGAUAAUCAGCUGGUAGUCAAAAAUGUCCUCGAGAAACCGUUCAGCGAGAUGAAGUCGAAGGCCGAGAAGAAGGCGAAGUAUUACUAUAUGUCCUGCAUGGACGCAAACGAGACGAUCGAGACUCUCGGCACCAAGCCGAUGAUGGAGCUGCUCCAGAGUAUCGGCGGAUGGAACAUCUCCGGGAAGUUCAACGUGAGCACGUGGUCCUUGCAGAACAGCAUGCAUAUUCUGCAGAACGUUUACAACAUGGGCGGCCUCUUCUCCUGGGCCGUGAACGAGGAUGACCGCAACAGCAGUAGAUACAUAAUCCAAAUCGACCAGGGAGGCCUGACGCUGCCAACCGCGGACAAUUACCUUAACGUAACCGAGCACAGUAAAGUCUUGGCUGCUUACUUGGACUACAUGACAAGGAUCGGCGUGCUCUUAGGUGGUGAAGAGAACAGCACGAGGAAACAAAUGCAAGACAUAAUUGACUUUGAGACAAAGCUCGCGGAGAUCACCACACCACCGGAGGAACGCAGGGACGAGGAGAAGCUCUACAAUCUGAUGUCUUUGAACGAAUUGCAACGUAAAGCACCUUUUAUGUCGUGGGUGGAUUAUUUCCAAAACGCAACGCGCCUCGUGAACAAGAAGAUCAACAGCAAAGCGCAGAUCAUCAACUACGCGCCGGAAUAUUUUGCGAAAUUAACGAAGCUCGUGCAGGAGUAUAACAAGACGACUAACGGGAAAAUAAUACUGAAUAACUAUCUGGUUUGGCAGACCGUGAGGUCCUUGACGGGGUGCCUGUCGAAGCCGUUCCGCGACGCUUACAAGGGCCUGCGGAAAGCCCUAAUCGGUUCGGAGGGUAAUGAGGAGCAGUGGCGUUACUGCGUUAGCGAUGUAAAUAACGUCAUGGGUUUCGCGAUCGGCGCGAUGUUCGUCAGAGAGGUGUUUCACGGCAAGAGUAAACCGAUGGCGGAAGAGAUGAUCGACUUGAUUCGCAAGGCGUUCACGAAUAACCUGGUGGACCUCGACUGGAUGGACGCGGAGACGAGAAACUCCGCCGAGGAGAAGGCGAACGCGAUCACCGACAUGAUCGGCUUCCCGGACUUCAUCCUGCGACCCAGCGAACUCGACGAGCGUUAUCGCGAUCUAACUAUCAAGCAGUACGAGUACUUCCAGAAUAAUCUGCGCGUAAAUAAGUUCAAUUUACGCAAGAACCUCGAGAAGCUCGAUCAGGUGGUGAAUAAGAGCUCUUGGAUAAUGACGCCGCCGACCGUGAACGCUUAUUAUACGCCUACCAAGAAUCAAAUCGUCUUCCCCGCCGGCAUUCUCCAGAGCCCGUUCUACGACAUAGACAAUCCCAAUAGUCUGAACUUCGGCGGCAUCGGAGUGGUCAUGGGACACGAACUGACCCAUGCCUUCGACGAUCAAGGUCGAGAGUACGAUUUACACGGGAACCUGCAUCGGUGGUGGAACGACGCUACGAUAGAGAAGUUUAAAAGUAGAACCGAGUGUUUCGUGGAGCAAUAUGACACAUACGAAGUACAAGGUCGACACGUUAACGGCCGACAGACAUUGGGAGAGAAUAUCGCCGACAACGGGGGCCUUAAGGCGGCAUUUCACGCUUACCGGGCGAUGCCUAAAAGCUACAAGGAUCAACUGCCUCUGCCUGGUCUUAACUUAACGCAUCGUCAACUGUUUUUCUUGAAUUUCGCACAGGUCUGGUGCUCUGCUAUAACACCCGAGGCAGUGACUUUGCAGAUCGAGAAGGAUUCUCACACUCCGCCGAAGUACAGGGUGAUAGGACCGCUUUCGAAUCUGCCGGAGUUCGCGGCGGAAUUCAACUGCCCCAAGAAUUCCAAGAUGAACCCGGUUCGCAAGUGUGAGGUGUGGUAACGCCUCAUGUCUUUUCUGACUGAUUGAUCGACCGAGUUCGAUUGCACCCGCGGUUUCCAAUAUCGCGAUGCGAUCGUUGGAACUUCUACGUGCCGUUUGCGUGAUGAAAGACACGUUGUGAAAGUCACGAGACUUACUUCGGGCAUCGGACUGUGCAUUUUUUAAUUUCCACAUAUCAUUACUUUUCGUACGAGGACGGUUAUUUUGUGUUGAACCAUCGUGAGAUUAGUAAAGUCAUUUUUGAACGCGCACGUAUACGCGCUGACGAAAGUCAUCAAAGGGAAAUGCAAAGAAGGAAAUUUCCGCAUCUCCUUUCGGCUUAGUUGAAAUUAAGUUCAUCAUCUGUAGCUGAUAAUUUUGGGACACUCUUUAAUAUCCCACGACCGACCUAAGACUGUUUUAAGGUCGCUUUGGAGACCAACAAUAAUUAUUUUUCGAAGAGACCUUGUCUGUGAAUUAUUUCUUUCUGCAGAAUUGAACAUUGAAAUGAAACCAAUGAAACUAAAGAAUUUUUCUCCGACAAAUGGCGAGUUAGUUAGAACAUGUAAAAUUUGCGAGAUUUGCAGGAAUUUGCGAGAUUUGCGGUGUCGAAGAAUUUUUUAUCCAAUUGACUUACUUGUCAGUUGCUAAGCCGAGUCGCUUAUUCGCGCAGGAACAAAAGUAACUUUUAUAGGGUUUCGCGUCACGUACGACAAAUGUGAGAGAUCCGAAGCACGUUGAGAAAAUGUACGAAAACAAACAAAAAAAAAAAAAAGAGAAUGAGUUACUUGUACAGGCCGAAUGUCUCGAGGAAUUCUCUACGUGCACGAAGUUGUAAUAGGAGUUGAUCGAGGAGAGUUUUCAUUUGCUCGACGGGAACUAGGACCAGUACAUUAGCGUAUUAUUCCCUUCCGACUGCGUUGAGGUGUAUUUGUGAUCAGCACCGAUUCUUUUCACACAGAGUGCCCAACUACGGCUCGUCGAGAUUAACGAGAGCGUUCAGGAACGACUCGCAGCGUCGACAGCCGCUGAAGUAUUCUCGAUACGCGGUACAUAUCGUUUUUCACUUUUAUAUACAUAGUUAAAUCAGUAUUACACACGUUACACUCAGUCGAUUCGCAAAUGUGCGCGGAGCAACGACUGAAGAUGACGAUACCAAAAAAAAGUGACGAUCGGGUUAUAGGCGAAGCACGCGGCAAUUACAAUUACAAGACUGUGCGCGAGCAGGCUUAAUGCAAGAACAAAUUUCUCACUCGCUUCGGCUUGUGGAAGUUAAUUGGCCAAGGAGAUAAUAAUAACUCGUCACGAUACAUAUACAAACUGUCCGCAACUGUCUGUCCUCGCCGCGUUAUUUGUGACGUCAGUACAUUGUGAUUCUCGUUGUGUUACGAGCCGUUCAAACUUAUAUAUCCCGCAAUCAACUAAUCAAAAGUCGCUUCGACGCUAAGUUCCUAGACCAUUUCAUUGCGCUGCCGGAAGAUUAAUAUUUAAGAUUCGACUAUAAAUAUCGUCAGUAUUACCAGCCAAUCAAAUUGUCGAGGCGCGCGAACAGGAUUGCGAGCAGUAUUGCGCUGAUUAGUCUACGAAAUAGUUCGUUAAGCGCGAAUGAGAAAAUGACAGCAGGCCGAGUGAGAGGAGGAGCGACGCGAAACUCACGCGAGACCAAAUUUAAGUUUUUCACAGCUGCAAAGUCACGACGGAAAUUCGUAUUCGAAUUACCAGUAUUAACGUCGGCACAUGUCGUUGAUACGCUGCGAGAUGUUAUCAAUAUUGUGAGAACAUUACUACGCUCUCGAUAAUCUCGGCAGAGCGUAGCUGGAGGACAGCCGGAUGCCAUAGCUUCCGCAGGCAGGAUUCUCCCCUUAGCUAGCAUUUUAGAAUUAAAGAGCUUGGUUUGUAGAAAGAUAUGGAUGUGUGAAAUUACUUAUGACUGGCUGGACGGAAUCCGGACGUGGAAAUCGCGGCGAGGUGACGCGCGGCACAAUAAUGUGUUUAGCCGAUAUUAGGUGUUUUCUCAUCGAGUGCGCUUGAUUCAAGUUCUCCUGCCAUUCGUCGCGUGCUCGGUACUCCACUUCAUGGAGAAAUGCCUGCAAGGGAACAACAACAGUCCCAUUAGGAAACGCUGAGAGAAAUCUAUUUCGCUAAGUUUCAAGUACUCUCUCGAGAACAUGAUUAUCAACAUUUCAUCUCUACAACUUCACCGAAUUGGUUUUGCAAUUGUUAAGUAUCAUGCUAACCAAAGUCUCGCCAUUUGAGCGAAAUUAAGCACGUUUUCUCGCGGCGAUUAAUCCUCCUCGAUUUAGUUGAAUCAGUCUAUUUUUUUUUUUUUUCGUAGAGAUGAUAGACGCUACGUGAAUAAUGUGAAUAAGUAAGAGUCGUCGUUGUUCGACUUUUUGAUCUCACACAUAUCGCAGCAUGGUUGGAUUACGAAUCUAUUGCAUAUGUAUAAUUUCUUACUAAUCUACACUUUCUCCUUGCUUCGAGUUGGGAUAAUUGUACAAUAAUUAAUUAUAAAAUUUUAGCGACGAGGACUGAACAGCGUGUGUUUUUGUAAAUAAUGUAAUUUACAGAUCAGGAGACUAACGCGUUUGUUAGCUGUGGUGGCGUAGACUCUCGUUUAGAAUUACCGUUGACUUUAGCGUUCUAAUUAGUAGGAAAUGUAAAUCUCACUGCGAUAGCCAGCCACGAACGUAACUCGAAGCGUUUCGUCGCGGAUUUUUCGUUGUUAGAUGAGAGCGCGGAUCGAUGGUCGACGUUUUCUCACAGAAUUGCGAACGGUAUCGAGACUAUAGACGGAUUUAGCAAUCACAUUCAAUAUCCUCUAUCUCAUCGCGCGGCUCACGUCAUGCGUCGACCAAUAGACUCCAAUAGUGCUGUGAACGUGAUAAUACCGAGGCCCAAGUGAGUCUUGCACAUCUCGAAAUAAAAAGGAAAGAGAAAAAUGCCAAUCAAAAGCCGAUCUUUUUUAACACUGUAUAACGAGAGAGAAGGAAAAGUAAAGAUACAUAUACGUGUAAUGUUUUUUUAUAGGAGAGAGAAAAAAAAGAAGAACAAAUCGUAAAUAGGCGGCGAUAUGUCGUGGCACGUCGCGCAAGACACACUUAUUACUGAAGCACGUUAAGCCCACAUAAGCGAGACAUGGUAUUCCCGAUAAUUACGGUGAUAGAUACCCGUAGGACAAAGCAGGAGGAUAAAACGAUCAAUAGUAAUAGCUAAUCGGUUACGUUUAAUACUUUCAUUCAGUCACACCAUUAAUCCCCGAGGGUCUUAAAGGUCUUAAAAGAUAGCAACCUUUGACUUUAAGAGACACAGCUGUACGAUUGGUACGCCAAUAUUGUUUCCUUUAAGGAAAGCGCAUUGUACCCCUUAUCGAUACGUUGCAUAACAUUAAUCCUAGAAGUCCAUAUUGAUAUCCCGCCACAAUCGCGUUUGAAACGCAAACACCGGAAUCCAGCGUGAUUUUGCAGACUCACUCAAUCACGCUCAACUUCCCUCUUCACCUUUUUUGUAUCGAGUGAAGAAGUGAUUCGUUGAGCGCUCAGAGAUAUUCAGAAAUAUUAGGGCAGAGAAUAAUCAAAUUAAUUAAUACAUUUUUAUGAUCGACGGAGAAAGAUACACGGUGUACGUCUCGCGACAUGAAAAGAAGCCGAGGUCCGUUGGACAUCUAGGAUUAAGUCUAGAGUCCUUUCGUAUGUGGACGCUUAGGGUUAAGUUUAGAAUUUAAGAGAUCGACGAUAAUGAAGAAGCGGGUAAAUCUCAAGAGAAGGAGCAAAAUGCGGAUACAAAAGCCCUUAUUCUGAAAACUCUUCUUUAUCGAUAAAAGUCUCUCUCUCUCCCUCACUUUUUAUAAUAUGACUGAAAGCUAAACGGAAGGCUUGAAGUUAGAAGAAGACGUUGACAGAUUCAAUACGAAACUUGCUGUUUAAGAAGUAUUAGUAAAGUAUAAAUCGCCACUUGCGUGACUUGGACCGGUAUUGAUAGUUGCAAAUUAUUUACGAAGUUUAAUUGAAAGUAUACAACCAAAAGUAUUCGGCUACUAGGUUAUGUGAAAUAAACAGCAAACAAUUUCUUGCUGCACCAAAUUAAUAGUAAACAAAAACAAAUAUAAUCUCUCAGAGACUCAUAAAAUAAUAUUUAUUUAUCAAACAAUAUAUAUGAUAAAUUAUGAAUUUAUAAGCCACAUUUAGGGACACUCCUAUCGAUAAAAGAGAGUUCAGAAUAAAGGCCAAGGUGUUUUUGCAUUCUAUUCUUUGUCGGAUUCGUCCCAUUUCCCUCUCUCUCCCCCUCCUUUUCUCUUUCUCUCUCUUGCUCCUUCCGCAGUCCCUUGGAAAAUCAAAGCGACGUGAUUAUCACGUAAGAAGAAGCCAAAGUUUCUCUAAUUAUAACAUAAAAUCCAUAUAGGCCUUAAAAAAUAUUUGACGCCGACGCAUAAUGUAUUUGUAAAUGUCCAUUGUUUAUAAUGAUUGUGAAUAUUGUAACAAUGAGAGGGGAGCGUUGUCUCCACGGUUACAUUGUUGCGUAUACAUAUAUAUAUAUAUAUAUAUAAAUAUAUAAAUAUAUAUUAUACACUCGAAAACGCGCUAUAUGGAGUAACACGGGGGCGAGAAUUGGAAAUGCGGUAAAUUUGAUUUUGCGCCCUUAUUUGGUCGACGACGACAACGACGACGAUAACCACGACACUUUCUCAAUGUCGUUGAACGCGCGCAAAGUGUGAUGUCUAUACGAACUUUCGGCCCGUGUGAGUUUCCAGGGCCCCCCGAUUACUCUACGUGUGUAAUGGUUUCGUGUAACACAGAAGGUGUCAAUGACGAUGUUCGCCAUGAUUAUUUUUCUGUAUUGUAUAUUAUGUACUAUGCUUAUUAUAUUAAAAUUAAAAAGGCAGAGCAACUCUUCGGGCUUA